GGCAGAUCGCUACAAUCCUGGAGGGAGCCGGGUCGAAUGAGCUAUUGGGGUUCCCAAAUAAUAACGGGGACAAACAGACAGACAAAAAAGACACACAGACGGAUGGACGGAGAUAGGCAAGUGUUCCGAUAAAACGGGAGACCAUAACCGGAUAAUAUACGCUUUCUGAUUUCCGUUGUUUUGUGUUGUAGUAUUUUUAAUAAUUUAUUUAUUCGUUGUAUUUAUUUAUUUAUUUAUCUAUCGAUUGAUUGCGUUUUAAUUACUGAGUUGUGACAGAGAGCGAGGGAGGAGGAGCGUCAGGGCCAAGCGCGCGCGUUGUGUUUGUGUGUGUGUGUGUCUGUGUGUGUGUCUCUGUGUGUGUGUGUGUGUGUGUGUGUGUGUGUGUGUGUGUGCCCGUGCAGCCUUUUCCCCACUUGUUUAUUUAUUUGUUGAUGAUAGCCUUUAAAGAAGCUGUUUCAAAUGUGCUCGCGACGUGAUCCGCUGCUAUGCGCGAGCGGAUGAAUGUCUUACAUGUAGCCUUCAUGCAAAGGAGAGAGGAGAAGGAGCGCGUGCAGCUAGAGACCAAAUACAAUAGAUCAAACCAAAUACUACAGAAAUCCAAAUAAGACUUUAUAACUCUGCUGGCCUUUUACACUGUCUUGUCCGUUUCUAUGAUUCAUCAUUUACUGUGGUGUUUUAAAUUGCAAAGCGAAUACCAAAGCUAAGCCCGGCCGGGGAUGCUACAGGAGAAGGCUAGCGACUGUUCUCAUGCCUUUUCACACCAAUAGGAAACAUUUCUGGUGAGGAGUAAGAGGAUAAAAUAAGCUCCCGGGCCUCUAUGUUUACUCAAGGAGAACGCUUUAGCAGUGCAAAGGUAACAGAGAGACGCAGGUGCAUCAACGACAGGCAGGUGACACAUAGCCUUUUAUUAUAAAACUACUACAAGAGGCCUGUAAUUGUAACACAACUUUUCCUGUAGCCUGUAGAAGUGAGGUCUGAUCUCCUGUCUAUCCGUCUGUGUGUUAGUCUGGGCUGUAAGCUAACUGCUGCACUCAAGGGACCAUCCUACAUAUAUGUUCUAUGCACAUUUACACCAAAACUAAUGCCGGCCACCAGUCGACAUCCACAAAUGUAAAUAAAAGUGCGCAGCUGGGCUACAUGUGUACACACCUAACGGCGAAUGUUGUGAGCUCUCCAUACCAAAUAUUUCCCCAAAGCUGUCUACCAGAGAAACGGACGAAGAUACAGAAGCUUUAGAAGAGGACAGAUCUUAUUACAGCUCUUCUGUCAGAUUAUCUGAAUCAAAACAAGAAGCCGGAGGAAGACCAUGUUUGUUCCCUUGCCGGUGCCGUUCGUGUUUCAGAGAACUGCCCCUGACCUCAACGCCUGGCGUCUCAAGUCCCCUCUGGCUCCCCGCUCCAACUCCGAUAUCAGGAUGUCAAAGGCACUAGAGGUGGAGAAAGUAGGGGCUGACUCACCAUUGGAGGGCACAGAUUCAGAGCGGAAUGGACCUGAAUCAAAUCACCAGGCUCAGUCAAUGAAAGUCAAUCCCUUUCCUCUUUCACCAACCCUGAGCAGCAGCAAAAAUAAGAUGGAGGAGUGUGGUGAGAUGUCCCCGGCCCUCUCUCACGGCCCGACCCCCUCACAGACGGCCCUGCAACAUACACAGCUCAUGCUUACCGGCUCCCAACUAGCAGGGUUGACAGCUCUGUUGCCAGCACAGCAGCAGUUGUUGCUGCAGCAGGCUCAGGCGCAGCUCCUGGCUGCAGCUGUGCAGCAGUCCAGUGCAGCCCACGCCGCUCAUGCUGCCCACGCAGCCGCCCAAGCCAAUCAGCAAGCUCAGGCAGCCGCAGCAGCGAAUCAGCAAGCCCAGCAGCAGCAGACGGGACAAACAGGGCAGCAGGCCCAGUCGCAGUCCCAGAGACAGGGACAGAGCACACAGGAACAGACAGCCCAAAGUGUUCCUGUCCCACCUCCUCCACCCCAGCUCACCCUCUCCCAGCCAAUCCAGCUCACCGCCCAGGACAUCCAGCAGUUGCUGCAGCUUCAGCAGUUGGUGUUGGUGCCCGGCCACCCGCUCCCAUCUCCUGCCCAGUUCCUCCUCCCACAGGCACAGCAGGGCCAGCAAGGACUCCUAUCGACACCAAAUCUUAUUCCGCUACCUCAGCAAAACCAAGGGAGCCUGCUGUCCGCUCCAACUAGAAUGGGACUCCAAGCACAGCGAGAUAAGAGUAUGGAGGUGAGCGGUGGUGGAGGCAUGACCACAGUGUCCUCAGUGACCUCUCACCCCGAAGAGCCCAGUGACCUGGAGGAACUGGAACAAUUUGCCCGCACUUUCAAACAGAGACGCAUCAAACUGGGCUUCACACAGGGAGAUGUUGGCUUGGCCAUGGGGAAGCUGUAUGGCAAUGACUUCAGUCAGACCACAAUCUCCCGCUUUGAAGCCCUCAACCUGAGCUUUAAGAACAUGUGCAAGCUGAAGCCACUGCUGGAGAAGUGGCUCAAUGAUGCAGAGACCAUGUCCAUAGACAGUACCCUGCCCAGCCCCAGCUCCCUGUCCUCCUCCUCUCUGGGCUUCGACGGCGUUCCUGGUCGCCGCAGAAAGAAGAGAACCAGCAUUGAGACAAAUGUACGUGUGGCCCUGGAACGCGCAUUCAUGACGAACCAGAAGCCUACCUCAGAAGAGAUCCUGCUGAUCGCCGAGCAGCUCAAUAUGGAGAAGGAGGUGAUCCGGGUCUGGUUCUGCAACCGCCGGCAGAAAGAGAAACGCAUCAAUCCCUCCAGUGCCACCCCUCCCCUGCCCAGCCAGCCCCCCACUGCCCCGCCAACGCACAAACAGCCCUGCUACAGCCCUCACAUGAUGUCUAGCCAGCUGUCCCAGGCCGUGACCAGUCUCAGCACAACAGUGACCACCAUGUCCCCUGUCUGCCCUCUGACUUCCAGCCUCACCUCCACCCACCCCUCCCUCAGCUCCGCACCCUCCCCAGUGACUCCUCCUCCUCCCCCCCGCAGCACAGCCAGCCCAGCCACUCCCAGCCACAGCACACUCAACCUUAACACAGGCUUAUGGCGUAUGGGUAAAAAGAACGGUGACGUGUCUAACUACAUCACCGAUUUUGCUGCAAACUUGAGGAACACUGUGAUGGGAGUUAACACAGGGAUGAACCAAGCCCUCCUAGGUAACAAUCCCUUGGCCACUAUCCAAGCCCUAGCAGCCAGUGGUGGCCAGCUGCCUCUUUCCAGUCUUGAGGGGGGCAGUAAGGUGAUGCUGGGGGCCUCUGGGUGCCAGGGAGGGGGCCUCCCCUCCUCCCUCUUCCUCAACCACCCCGCCCUCCUCCACAUGGGCCAGAACCCCGGCGCUGGACUGAUCAGCGCCGCCAUAGCCAAAGCCUCCCAGCCCUCCCCCUUCCCCUUGGCCAGCAGCAUCAGCCCCACCCCCUGCUCCCCCUCCCCCUGCUCCAGCCCCGCCUCUUCCUGCUCCUCCAGCGAAAUGGCACACAGCCCGCCCUCUCUGGGCGGAGCCAAGAUUGAGUGACCGCGCCAAGGGCCAAUCAGAGAGGAGCAGGAAGGAGGAAACAAGAACUUCGCCUUUCACACCAAAGCUAUCUCUUUCUUUCUCUUGCGCUCUUCUUCCGUUAUUUUUUUCGCAAUGGCUCUCUCGCUCUCUUUCUCUCCCAGUCUUUCGAUGCCAAAAAUACACAGAAUGAAAGAGGAGAGAGGGAGGGAAAGAAGUGAAAGAGGGGAGAAGGGGGGAAAGGGGAAGAUUGAAACCAAAAAUCUUUAUCUAUCCAAACAGAUGGGGAGGAGGCAACGUGGGACCUUUUUGUUAAUAAUGCGUGAUAUCGACAUGACGCCUCUCCACUCUUUCUCUCUGAAGGAAAACAAACCAAUGACUCUUUAACAAAGAGACGGAAGAGACGGCAGAGAUGCAUGUCGGAGUGCAUAAACCAAAAAUGACAAAAGAUAACUUUACUAUGUGACAAAGGAAUGGCGGCAAGGACAAAAAAUGGAGAGGAGGACUGUGCUUACGUUUUCCUUUUUUUUUCUUUUUUCGAAAAGCUGCGGGUCUGAAGGAAGAGGAGUAGGGCGGAUAAGUUUAAACCAAAAAUUUACCUGAGGAGGAGGCGGAGGAGGAAUACACAAUGACAAAAAAAAAAAAACGACAACCAUACCAAAAUCCCAAAUACCAAAAACCAAAAAUACGGAGAGAAAAGCUUUAUUCAAAGGACGUGUAAAUACUGAAGCUAUCCAGGACCAGGACUCUACUGCUACUGCUACUCACACACAUACAAACACACACACACAUCAAGAGCCAAUCCAUCCUGCCAUUGACUCAUCUCGUCUGUGUCAGCUCAUGUGUCUCCUAUAGGUUUUCAUGCUAGAUAUUUUGGAUAAUUUUGUAAACGAUUGUUACUGAACGGGUGAAGAGGUCAUGUAUAAAUGAUUGUCAGUACUACUGUACCUUCAUGUUUUAGUCUCUUUACCUACCUCUGGUUCUAAGAGCAUAGAAUAGCUUUCCUCUCCCCUUUUCAUUUCAGAUUUCCUUGACAGAGGCCUGUUUUUUGGACUUUGAGAAAUACAGUUGAGAUUUGUUUUUUGAUUAUUUAUUAGUGUCAUUUUACAAUCCAGCUCCUAUUUAUUGUUGCAGCUUUUUUUAGUGUUAGAUUUUGGGGUUUGAAUUAUCAUCAGUGUCAUCAUCAUUGUCUUCAUCAUCUGCAUUUAUGUUGUAAACGUGCAUUGUUUUUGUUUUUAAUGUGACUAUUCUGCAAGAACAGAGAUGACGAUGGUGUCUUCAGUCCUCACCAAGUGCCAUAGAUCCAAAAUAGAGUUGGCACACUGCGAGUUGAUUUCAAGGUGUGAAUGAAUUUAUUAAGACCUAAACAUGUGACAUUUUGUGCUCUUAAUCAGACCACUCUUUCCUCACUUUUAAAGAUAACCCAUUAUUGGUGACUCCGUGGCUAAAUGAACAUGCCCUGGAAACUUCACACACUGAAAAUUACGUUUGUUAAGAGUGUCGACCACUUUGAAAGUAUGAAAUAGAGCUGUGAUUGGAGAUUUAAAGUAAUAACCGUUGAGACUGAAGGCUAAGUCAAUAAAGCCUAGUUUAGUCACAGCCGGCUCUCAUUCCUGUCUCGUCAAUCGGUAUAGACGCUCCGACACCUGUCUGUCUAGACAUGUUUACUGAUAUUUGUCUGUUUCCAUCAUCACUCCAUCAAUCACAUUUCACUGUCAUUUUCCACCUUAGACUGCCAUUAAUUCUCAAAUGGAAACCAAAGCAUUCUCGAGGCUGUCUCAAGCUCUUCUUAAAGAGCCUCAGCCAAGACAUAUGAAUACAAUAAAAACACAUAGGGGGGCUGAGAAAACGACGUCAUCAACUGGAAGCCCCCUGAUGUAAUCCCCUCCACCUGGCCCGUCCAGAAACCCACGGGGGAAGCUUUAUUUAGGGAACUGAUCCUUUUCUCCGAACCCCCAGAAAGAAGGGUACACUGAGACAGGCGAAGGAGGGACACACUGUAGUGAGAGGAGCAGGCGUCACACUUUUUGUAAGAGGAUACCAAAAAUAAACCCAAACCAAAAAAAAAAAACACAACCCAAGGAAUGACAGAAGCAAACCAAAAAGAACCCUAACCAAAUGUGGCUGGAGGGAGGAGGGGAGGAGGACAAAGUGCAGGUGUUGAAGGAAGUGAAGCCGUCGCAUCACUCUGUCUGUCUGUCUGUCUGUCUGUUAGCUUUAGGGCUGAAGCAUUCGCCCCACUCUGAAACUGUGUAGCAUGGAUGGAGGGAUGGAUAGACAGGCAGAUAGACAGGCGAGCAAAAGAAGGACAGACAAUUCCUCCCCUCCCCUGCCUCUCACUCUCUCCAGCUCAGCUCUCUGGUCCUGGAUGGAGCUAAACGCAAAUGACCUCACUGAACUGAAAUCUUCUAAAAAUUUGUUUUUAUUUUUCUGUUGGUUGGUUCUGAUUGUUUUAUCUCUGCUGUGUCUCUUGAUGCCGUUUUAUGUACUGUACUUUAGUGCUUAUUACUCAUUUGGAAUAACGUACUCGCUUACUUACUACAAGAGCUCCUUAUUUUUUUCGUAGUCGUGCUAGAGAUUUUUAUCAGGUGGUUGGAAAAAAUACUGUGAAAAUUUAGCUUCCAGAUUUUUAUUAGAUAAAAGAAACAGACUGUCUUGGCCGAAAAAAAGACACACAAAAAGCCAAAAACAAAGAGUUAAAUAGCAAACCUUAAAAAUGCCAAACCAAAUACUGAACCAAACCAAACACAGUAGAGAGGAACAGGAACUGCCUUCUCUGCAUGAGGGCACAGAAAUGGGUUAAAGUCAAUUUGUCUGAGGUGAAACUGCAUUUUUCUGUAUGUAAGUGUUAAUGUGAGGCCAAAUGGUAAAAAAAAAGAAGAAUUAAUAGGGUCUGCAGUGAUGUCUUGUCAUUAAUUUGGACCCCAGCAACAUAAUUAACACUUCAGAUACAGAACAAUACACACAGCAGCGGCCUCAGUCAAGUUGACAGUUUGAGUUGGACGUAAACAUAUCCAAAGAAUAUUUGGUUUGAUCCACACGAGAAAAACAGUCGACACACAAGAAUCGUUUCACAAACCAAACUUUAGAUGUGGGGUUUGCACCAUAAAGGUGAAACCUUUUCUCCACAUUGACUCUUAGACGGAAUGUAUCUGUUAGUGCUUCUAUAGAUUUUGUAGAAAAAAAGAUCUAUGUUCUACUGCUUACUUAUCGCUAAUGUAUUAAAAAGAAAAAACCUACAAAAAAGACUUUGAGAAAAAAAGAUCCUAAAAAACGUUGAUGAUAAUAACUUGAUUUUAGACCAAAAAUUUUAACUAUCUCUCUUUGGACUUUUUAUUUAUCCUUAUUAAUAAUGAUUUAGACUUUUGAUUGUACUAUUUAUUCAGGGUAGGGUUGAUUAAUUUGCUUGUUAUCUUUUUUGCCUUGCUAUUUAUUUGUUAAUUUAUUUCUAGAGGUGCUUUUUUCAUAUUCUGGGAUGUAUUUGUGGUGGAUUUUUUUGCCCCCUGCUGAAGUUCUUUCUUACUUCUUUAAACCAAAUAAUACCAGAAAUGCAACCACGGGUCCUGUAGGGACUUAAUAAGAGAAUAUGGCUGAUUGGACGGUCAGCCAUAAAGAUGUUCUCUUCCUCACUGAGACGGCUCUCCUUUUAAAGGGGGAGUGUAGUGAGAGGCAGCACUGUGUCGAUGAAAACCUCAUAAUUUACAGGACUUUUCAGGGGACACAAAUUAAUUUGGUAUAGGCUUUCUGGACAGACACAUGCCUUUGUGUCUCCUGAUAAUAGGGCAAAAAAAGGCAAGUUGAAAUUCUGUUUCGGUGGAGAAAGCAUAAAUAUGAUUUAUGUGUGAAAAACUGCAUGAGGUUUUCUUCUGAGACACGGUGCUGCUCCUGUUCUCUAUAUUUUCUCCACAGGGAGAACACACUGAAAGCUUUACAGCUACACAACCAAAAACACAAAAGAAGAAGAUCAACUGGGGCAAAGGCUAAAGUUUAUUACAUGAUAGAGAGGAAAGAAGGAGGCAAGAGAGAAGAGGGUGAUUUUGGAUUCCCAGCGGUAAAUCGCCCUCUAACUUCUCACUUAGUGUUUGUCUCUUCUUCAGUUGUUUGUCUCUUUUUGUUUCCACUUUUCUAUGUUAGUUUAAACUUUUUUCUUCAUCCACUGUAGGAUGUAAAAGAGAGAUAGUUCAUCAUAUACCUCAUAUUCUUUGAUGAUAAACCAAAUAGAUGAAUGCUUUAAAAUGCGGGGUUCAAGUGGGGAUCAGGGUACCGGGAUGGUACAUGUGGACAGUGUGUUCAUGUGGAGCAGACACAGGCUAGGUCAAAGGUCAAAGGUUGUUGUCCUAAUGGAGAUAAACAUAGAGGUUUGGGAUUGAUCUGUGAAGUAACAGAUCAUUGAAUAGAUUGCAGUUUUUCUCCAUGGGAUUCAGAAGGUGCCAUUUAAGGUCAAAGGGCCGCACUGGUUCAUGCUCCGGUCUACACACACACACACACCUUGUCCCCCUGGAAAACACCUCCCCCGCUGUCUGUGUUGAGCUUUGAACACAGCCCUCUCCUCAUAUCUGACCCUCACUGCUUCCUCCAUGUCAGACACGGACUGUGAGCUUAAAGCUGCUCUUUGGCACAGAUCUAGGAUCAAAUCUGGAUCAAUUUUUGGCUUAAAAAAGCGUCGUGCCUCAGAGCAACUUUAUCACAAAGGUCGCCGAGCCCUCUCUCGCCUUUAGGUCUUCAUUGCCUGAUGAGGGGACAUAUUGACCAGCUGAAGUCCAUGUGCAUGAGGGAGUGCCGUGGGGCAGGUAACUGGGGAACGGCUGAGACCAGGGUUGCUAGGUGACACAUACAGACACUUCUCAUGACUCAGUGUGUGUUGAGACGUUGGAAGUUGGAAGGAGAGGUGUGCAUUUGAUCAAACCGAGAGUCCAUCUUCUUGUUUUGCUCUCUCUGUCUCUUCGUGUAUUCAGAGGAAAUGGAAGCAGAGCCGCGUCACUCUGCUGAGUUUCUGACGAGGCACUUUUUUGUGAACCUUAGGGUUUGAGGGACCGGGUGUAAAGUGUAGAUCAAUGUGGUGGGGAUACCCCCCUUAGUGAAUGAUACCAAAGUCAAUGCCCUGCCAUGGGAUCCUGCACGAUGUACACGCUCCCUAAAAUCCUGCGGUCCACCCGAGUGUUCAGAAACUCCACUUUCCUCCAUAUGGCUCAAGCGCCGGUAGAUUCAUUAGUAUUUCUCUCUCCACACAAUCACAUAGACUCGAUGGGCAUUCCAGCACCUAACUCCCCAUACAACCACAAAUUGUGGUUUUUACAAUUAUAUUUUUGUACAGUGUAAACAAACUAUGUAACAUCUCAAUUACUAAGCUUUAGGGUGCUGGUACAGGCGUUUUUCAUUACCUGUGGACUGUAGUGGUGUUCAAUGAAUUUAUCUUUAACACCAUAUUCAAACUAAACUGACUAUAUCGAAUCAGUAGCUUUUAGCUGUGGAGCUCCCCUCACUGGUGAUUGAGAGCGCUGUUUUUUAGCUCAGCCUUGAUUCACAGUAAGUUACUGCCUGGUUAAAGUCUUACUGAAAGACACUGAAAGCCACAUAAAAGAUUGUGAUGUGAUAACACUGUUGCAAAGAAGUGUUUGCUGAGCUAUUAACCUUAAAAACAGAGCAGAACUAUAGGCCUAGUCUUGUGCUAAACUGGAAGUAACAACUUUAACCAGCAAAAGACAGAACUUAGUACUGCAAAUGCAUUUGCUUAGCUUAGAAAAAAGUUAACAUCAGUCAAUGACUACGUAUCUUUGAACUGAACUGAACAAAACAAUUUGAAUCAGCAAAGUGAUUCAUAAUUUCCACCCAUUUGGACAGAGCGAGGUUCCCCGCAUUUCCACUCUUUAUGCUAAGCUAAGCUAACAAUCUCCUGGCUGUAGCUUCAUAUUUACUGUACAGAUGUGAGAGUGGUAUCAAUCUUCUCAUCUGACUCUUGAUAAGAAAGCAAAUAAACAUCUUUCCCAAAAUGUCAAACUAUUUCUUUAAAGUGCAAGAAUCAAGGUUUGAAAUUGACUGAAACCGUGUCAAGAUAAGAAAAAAAAAUCAGUCUAAAAGCAAAUAUCUCUGGAUAGAAGGCAUGAGAGAUGUAAUGUCACGAGAGACACCACGAGCAGAGCAAAGAAAACAACAACAAGCAAACAGCUUCUUCUUCCUCCACCCACUCUCAUCCACACAUACAAGCUUCUUCCUCUCCUUCAUCCCUUUUUUCUUCUUUCUUUCUCUCCUCUACAAUACAGCUUUAGUCCAAAGGUCUCUCCAGCAACACAAACAAAGUGAGUCAGAUGUAAAAGAAUAAAACCAAAGAGCUCUAACUUGACCUUCUCUUCAACACAAAGCCUCCACUGCAUCUCACCUCUCUCUGUCCAUCCCUUCCUGUCUGCUCUCCUUUAACUCUUCUGGCACCUAGCGAGCCGGUCUUUGAAGCAUUAACCUCAACUAUCCAAAGGAGAAUAAUAAUAAUGAUAAUAAUGAUGAUAAUUAAGAUGAUGAUGAAAUGUAUAUUUUUAAGUAUUUGUCAUUGGAAAAAUAAUCUUAAGCUUCUCAUAAUUAUGAUGAUCAUGAUGAUGAAGAUGACAACGAUGAUGAUGAUAAUGAAGUUUUUCUUGGUAUCUUUGUAGCUGUUCUGAUCCUUCUUAAGUUCUUGUCCUUUCUGCUCGUGCUGCCAGAGAGUACUGCUUAACUCCCACCACCCCCCCCUCCCCCACCCCUCCCCCCCCCCCCUCCCCUUUUCAUUUGCUCAUUUGGAUGUUUGUCUAUGCCCGUAUGUGUGUGUGUGUGUGUGUGUGUGUGUGUGUGUUUGUGAGAGAGAGAGAAAGUGUGAGCUGUCAAACAUUGACAAGGGGAAGUUUAAGAUUUUCUCUGGAAGAGGGGAGGGCUUCAGUCUAUUACAUUUCCACCUGUGAGCAAGCGCAUGUGUGUGUGUGUGUGUGUGUGUGUGUGUGUGUGUGUGCGUACGUGACGGGGUUGGGUGGGUAGUUUGUUGCCGGAAAGCGGGACAGGUGUGGUUUGCUGCAGCAAUUUGCAAAAAAGACUAAAUGAUUCCUUGUUCUUUGGACAACAACAAGCCCCCACACAUGACCUCUCAACUGUAACGUACGGUUUGCCAACUUCCUAGUACAUGUAGCUUUAAUUCCCCCUCACAACAGUCAGCUUGUUUCCUUAUUGUGUGUGUGUGUGUGUGUGUGUGUGUGUGUGUGUGUGUGUGUGUGUGUGUGUGUGUGUGUGUGUGUGUGCAGGUAUGGUUGUAUUGCCAUCACUCCUCCCUUUGUGUCUUCCAUCCUAUGAGCAGCCCCCCCUCCCAAUCCCCCAUUUCCCUUUCUGUCUCCCCCCUUCUUCUCCCUUGUGGUAGCAAGUUAGCCUUUUAGUGUAUUUAUCUUGAAAACCCAAAAAAAAAAGAAGAAAAAUAACUCUACUUGUUCAUUGUACAGUGUUGUUCAUUUUAAGUCAUUUUUGUAACUGAAAGUGUUUCAUUCAUCCAAUAAAACAGGAGACAAAAACUGUACAGAUGA